AUGUGGUUUAUCAAAACUGUAUACACCCCGCAUUGUAUGGAAGACAGUCACUUAUCGCACAUUGACGCACUAACCCAAUUCCCUUUUUCAUUUUUUCUUUUCGCCAAGCUCUCUUUUCCCAAUUUUUCGUCAUUUGUAACAAAAAAGCUAUUCUGCUAACCCACCUUAAAAAAAAAACCCAUAAAACUGCAUAAAGAGGUUUCUUAUAAAUCUUGAUUAAAAAAAACACAAGAAAAGUGAAAACAAAGAAUAUAAAGAUCGCACAGUCUCACCAUCUUAACUUUUCUUUUUAAAAAAACCUAUACCAAACAUACAAUUCAAUUUGUUGACACUCUCCAUUUAAAUCUUUUUCAUCCUUAUUACUCUCAACAACAAACAUCUUUUCAUACGAUAACAACGUCUUGAAUAAAUAUGUCAGCAACAGACAACAAACAACAGCUGGAGGUUGAAGCAGGCGAAAUCGAAGCCGAGUCUCCUUAUCCUAGCACUGCUCCUGUUGAAGAACCGAAAAGGCCUAGUUUAGGUGCAAUUUUUGAUAGCCGCUCUCCCCACCGUUCUUAUAACAACGACAGUUACGAAGAAUAUGUUAAUGGCAAUGGUCAGCACAGCAGCAACACCGAAGUUGACCCAUUCGAAGAAUAUGAAAGACUAUCCCGUUCGUACCGCAGCAGUAGCCAUAGUAAUAGUGGUAGAAAACGAGACCAUAGUCAUGAAGAUGAUAUUUAUAAAAGACAUCGCUCCUCAUAUUCUCGUUCAUCACAUAGAUCACCAUCUUACUCUUCUUCGCAUAACCGCCGUAGCCGUAGUCGACAGCGCAGUAGAAGUAGGAGAAGAAAGAGUAGCCGAGAGACAGAAAGGAGGAGGAGAUAUUCCCGGGAUUAUGAAAGUAGAAGUAGCAAUAGUAGUAAAUUUAAGAAUAAAAGUGAAAACUCACUUUAUCCCGGUAAUGAACUUAGUAGGCGGUCAUCUCCAUCCUCUUCGAGUACGAUCACCGCUACUAAAGCUGUUGUAGAAGAAACAAAUGGUGUUUCUACGAAAAAGUACAAGACCGCCAUCGAAGAAGAAAACGAAGAAGGGGACGCAAAAAGGUAUAGGUGUGACAUUUUGCUGUUUACUUUUGAAAGUUUCGUUUGCUCACUGGAUUUUAUUUUUCUGAAAUAGUAAACCUGCUGAGAAAGAGCCAGAACUUCCCAUCGAUUUUGAUGUUGAAGAUGAGGAAGAAAAGAAAAAAGAAGAAGACAGGUUAAUUGAAGAGCGUAGAAAAAGAAGACAAGCUAUUCUCAGUCGAUAUAAAGCAAGUCCAUCCACACCAUCAUCGCCCAUUACGCCAUCAGGUAAAAA